AUGAGGCCCACGCGUGCCGCCCGUGAGACCUCACGGUACUUUGACGCCACGUCCUCGCCCUCGCUGCCGCGCCGUUCGACGCGCUCCACACGCGCCAAUCUCGCACGGUUCGCGUACAACGGGACAAACGGAGCAAAUGGCCGCGAUGAUACCUCCGACCACGAAGAAGGCAGCCCCGAGGUGAAGCUGGGCUCGGAUAUCGAGGACGCCGUUCAGCCUGCCACCGCCACACGCAAGCGGAAGCGUCCCGGGCCGAUCGCUGCUGCUACGACUGCCGCUUUGCCACGACCGACCCCAAGACGGAACUCGCCCCGGUUUGUAAAACCGGAGGUCAAGUUGGAAGAGAUCAAAUCCGAAGACGAGGCGGAAGAAAAGAAGGACAUCAAACCCGAAGACCGGGACUCCGAUGCGGCACCGGCCCCCCGAGCCCGCGGCCGAGUCCGCAAACCCGCCCGUCGCGUAACCGACGCCGCGACAGGCACCGUCAAAACCGAGCCGCCCUCCGACUGGGAAGAGAUCUACGGGCUGGUCAAGCAGAUGCGUCUCACGGGCCCCGCAGCCAACGCCGCGGUGGACACGAUGGGGUGUGAGCGGCUGGCGCGGCCCGACGCGAGCGCCCGCGACCGACGGUUUCACACGCUUGUCGCGCUGAUGCUGUCAAGCCAGACGAAGGAUACGGUCAAUGCCGAGGCUAUGGCGCGGUUGCAGACAGAGCUGCCGCCGUACGAGCCGGGGAAGCCGGCGGGGUUGAAUCUGGAGAAUAUGUUGGCUGUUGAACCGGCCGUGUUGAAUGAGUUGAUUGGGAAGGUGGGGUUUCAUAAUAAUAAGACGAAAUACCUCAAACAAACAGCCCUCCUCCUCCAAUCCCAAUUCGACUCCGACAUCCCCCCCACCAUCGAAGGCCUGACCUCUCUCCCCGGCGUUGGCCCCAAGAUGGCCCACCUCUGCAUGUCGGCCACCCACGGCUGGAACACCACGCUCGGUAUCGGCGUCGACGUCCACGUACACCGCAUCACGAAUCUUUGGGGAUGGAACGGCGCCAAUCCCUCGCGCAACCCGGAGGAAACACGCCAUGCCCUCGAAUCGUGGCUGCCGCGCGAUAAGUGGAAGGAGAUCAACUGGUUGCUUGUCGGGCUGGGCCAGACGGUGUGUUUGCCCAUAGGUAGGAAAUGUGGGGAUUGUGAAGUGGGAUUGAAGGGAUUGUGCAAGAGUGCUGAGAGGGGGAAGGUUUUGGCGGGGCGGAAGAAGAGGGAGGAAAGGGGGGUUGUGAAGAAGGAAGAGGUUGUGGACGUCGAGGAGGUGGUUUGGGAAAAUGGAGUCAAAGGGGAGGAGGAAGAGGAGGAUAUCAAGGUACUGAAGAAGGAAGAGGAGGAUGUGGAAAUGGAACUGGAAGGACCUGCCCCGGAACCUAUCCCACCACCUCCUGCGUCCGAAAACCCUAGGAUCAAAGAGGAGCCGAUCGAUGUCGACAUGGCCGACGCAGAAGAACCCAGCUCGCACCCAGCACCACCCGUCAAAUCGGAGCCCGGGCCUACGGUGCUCAAGCAAGAGCCAACUCCAGUGAAAUCGGAAGAGGACGACAUCCAAAUGCAACUGGCCCAGACAAUGGCAGAACGCGCGGGGAGUGCAGAUCAGCCUAUCCCCAGUAUUGAGAAGGAUAUAGCCGUCAAGAAAGAGGAGGAGGAGGAACGCAAGCUACCCCGGUCUCGCCCUACGAGAAGCGCGCCUCUAGAAAUAAAAGAGGAAGCGGAAACGGGGCAGCAGGUAAAGAGGGAGAGCGGUGGAGAGGAGUCAUCAGAACCAGCCGUCGCUACGGUCGUGAAACAAGAACCUCGGCCGGCUAGAACCACUCGCCGGAGAGUGCAAGUGAAAAGGGAAGAGAACGAGGCAUCGGCCCAAAGAGGUCGUCAUCGGAACGAAACUACUGUCACCGAGGCGAGCCCCGCUGUCAAAUUGGAGUCAGAAACAAGGGAAACAAACGGAGUCCACCCUCCUGUCAAGACUGAGAAUUCGAUACCCCCCAAAGAGGAGGCAGAAGCAGUGAAGCAAGAGACAGGCGUUACGGUAUCGGCAGGUCAGGGUGUCAAAAGGGAGGAAGAGAUGGAGAUUGGAAUACGGCGCGUUGUCAAGGCGAAGAGUCCGAGUGUGAAACUGGAACGAAACUGA